GCACGGCGCGAGUCGGGGCGGAAUUCCUGCUCCGGCAGCUGGGAACGUCUCUGUGUUAAUACCUUGGGUGCUACGGUGGCACACGUCCAAACCUGCGCUCCUGGUGUACAUUUUGGCUUUGAUGAACGUGCGUCCGAUAUUGCAAUGAGUCAAAUAUCUUCAGCCCUAACGGCGAAUGGCACAACCAACCGAGCUCCCUGCCGCUGAAGGAGAAGCUGCAGGCCCUCCAGUGCCACUUCACCUGGGACUUUGAAAUCAGGGACAAGGUGGACGCCGCUCACAUCCUCCAUACGGUGGCUCUGAGGAUUGCCCACACUCCCUACCCGAACCAGGCCGCCUACCUGGCCCUGCAGGCUUAUCUCUGCCACCUGCAAGAGCGAUAUGAGGAUGCUCUGCAAAGCCUUAAGAAAGCUGAAGAGUUCCUGGCCAGAGAUCACCCAGGUAACGUCCCCCGCCAGGCCCUGGUCAUUUACGGGAACUACGCCUGGAUCUACUAUCACCUGGCCCAUUACGACGUGGUGGAGCGUUACCUGGACCAGGUGAGCCAGAUCUGCCGCUCCCUGAACAGCCGCUCGCCAUACGCAGCUCUGAUCCCUGAGGUCCACGCACACAAAGGCUGGUCUCUCCUGGCAACCGGCUUCCGCAACGGCCAAGAGGCCUCAAAGUGUUUCCAAAGGGCAUUGGCAGAAGACGAAGCCAAUGGGGAAUUUCUUGCUGGGUCGGCAAUCGCAGCCUUCGCCUCGUACACUCACUCACGUGAUUUUGAAUACAAGUCAGAUGCCAAAAAGAAGUUGAGCGCCAUUAUCCAGGAAGAGCCGCAAAACUAUGAAGCUAAGAUGUAUUUAGCCAAGAUCCUUCAGAGGUGGGAUAGACCCCAGGCAGAAGCCCUGGUCGAAGAUGUUGUUCGGAAUAGCCGGGACCCCGAGGUCCUGAGAAAUGCAGCCAAGUUCUUUCAAGCUGAGUUUCCAGAAAAAGCAAUUGCUAUUCUAGAGCGAGCAAUCUCUCUGGACCCCACUUAUCACCUCCUUCACUAUGACCUGGGUCGUUGCUACAAACAACAACUGGCGGCGGCCGAGACGGACAGGAGAGAAGAAAUCGUAGUAGCGGGUACGGAGGCCUUCAAGAUGGCUGUGCAGAAAGAUCCCGCCUCUGUGUUUGCAAAGCUGGCGCUAGCUGAAAUGCUCGGACAAAAGACACCUGAGUACCAAGAGGAGAUUUACCUCAACCUCCUGAGCGAGGUGUCCACCCUCAGCAAGAGGUGCCAGCAGGCCGUCUACCUUCACUGGGGGGACUUUCUCCUCUACACGCGGGAGUCCCUGCCCGAGGCAGCUGAGAUUUACAAAGCCGGCUUCGUCAUCGCAGGCACCACCCGGGAGAAAGAAACACUGAGAAAUAGGCUGCAAGAGGUGGCAGACGUAUUCCGGCAGCGCUCCCAGACCACUGAGGCUGCAGCCAUACAGCAUGUCCUGGAACGGUACGGAAGUCCCUGGUACAAGAAGAAAUCCACCCGUGGCCGGAGCAGGAGACUGUCGAUGUAGUGAAAAUAGAGGAAUCCACCAGCAGCGCGGGACUCCUGCAUUUGGAGAGGCCCCCUCACACUGCCCCCUGCUCCACCUCAAGGCUCCACCCCUGCUCAGCCUCCUCCCCAGGGCCCCACCCUCACUGCCCCCUGUUUCCCCCCAAGCUCUGCUCCCUCCCACCCCACCUCGCUAUUCUGACCUCUCUGCAUCCUCCGCUCAGGACCCGCCCUGAGGCCUCAGGGUGGCCCUCAGGAAAGGGGGCAGUGUAGGAGGGGUCGUGGGGGGAGACAAGGCACCAAAGUCAGGCCUCGGUGGGAAAGCGCGGGGGGGGGUCCUCCGCCCGGGCACCCUUUCAGCAGCAGCGAUCCAAAGGCAGCACCUGGCCCCGUGUAACGGAGAGGAGAUGUUCCUGUGGCCCAGUAACGCUCCCCCUGCUUCCCCUCUGGGUUCCCCGCCCACCCCUCUUCUCUCAGAGCGGGGUCUGUCCCCUGGCCAGCACUGAACUUUCAUUCACAGGUAGACACAGGCACUACGUCCUCCGACUCAGACCGUUGUACCCUCCUGCACCCCAGUGUGUUCCCUCUGCACAUUUCCCUGUGCACCCUGAUGAGGUCCACCUCUGGUUUCGUGCAACCUGCCGGCAGCCAGCAACACAGACAGUUUCCUCUCCGAUGCAAUACACACACACACACUCACAGGCACACACAUGAGAGACUGUCUUCAGCUACAGGGCGAAAGCUGGCCUCAGUUUCCCACGGCUACUGCAGAAGUAAGGAGACAUUCCCCCUUUUCUUCAACAAUAGCUGAGACUUCACCCUCUCCCUCUGGGGUUUCAGCAUCUCCAGCAUCCUAUGAAUGGGAGGACCCACGUAGGCAGCCCCGCUCCACUGCACCGUCUCCUGGGCCGCUGCGCUCGGUUUUCCCAUAUGGCGGGAAGCCUUGGAUGCAAAACUUGGGUCCCAGACCAGCGUGUGGAAAACUACUGACCUGCCAAGAUGGAGGCCAGAUUAGUGGUUUGGUCACAUGUCCUGCGGUGUCUCGGCAGCUGCUGCUUACAGGCUGCCCUCAACGUUCGCUGGAAGUUAAGUUCUUCCACGUGCAGUGUCUUUGCUGAUGGGCCAUUGCCUCGGUCUGGCUUCUUCCCUGUUGCCCUGGAAAGGCUAGCAGGGGCUCGUCAGCAGGAGUGAAAUGCAGAGACACGGCCCUGCCUUUAGAUACAGCAACGACACACGCCUCCCACCGGGGCAAUCAGCAGCAGCAAGUCUGAACUUUUCCAACGACAUGUCACAUGACCCGGCUUGCAUGAAAUGCGUCCGAAUUGGGCGAUAAUUACAAUAUCACAGUGAAGAAUACAGCCUGCAGUGCCACGGAGCGGCUGUGUUUUUAUUUCAUUUACAAUAGCAACACCCGAGACACCAGAAUGGAAUCUGUCGCAUCGGGGUGAGCGGCACACACGGGACCCCCAGAAAAACAUCGGGACCGUCGCUAGCAGGGCAGGAAUGUCCCAGAUUGAGGUGCCUUUGCAAGGGAUUGGAACAAAUUGAGAAACUGAACAGGAGCAGAUGGUAGCACCAAAGAAUUCAGAAGGAGCUCAGAGAGGAAACUGCGUUACUGCUAACUGUGGUCUGUCACGUUCCAUUUACAUCAGGUUCUGUCCCAGAAGAUGUGAUGCCCGUUGUAGAAAAGGGGCUGCAGAAGUGAUUAGCGAUAACCCACCCCAGUGCCAAGCAAAGUGGUUGACGCUAUAAUAAAGAAUAGAUUUCUCACACAGGAAAGCAACAUUUGCUGCUGAAGAGUCAACUUCUACUUAGAUUUCCAGAAAGCCUUUGACAAGGUGUGACGGCGCGUUGGGGGUCCCCCGUCUCCUGCACCCCGAAAUGGCACAAACAGACUGCACC